UUUAUAGAUGGCCCCUUGUAGUAUAUCUUCUCGUUGGAUUGUGCGGUAUAUCUAUGUCGUAUACGCGUAUGUACCCUACAGUUCUCAAACUGUAUAGUGUCACCUCAUCAGCAACAUGAUCUUAAAGCCUGUGACCACCAGUGUGGUAGCUGACUGCCAUAUCACAUCUAUGACUGUCGGCAAGCCUUUUAAGACCUCGCACGAAAGUGUUGUGUUGGGCACAUCCAAUGGGCAGGUCUUAUACUACAGGCCAGCUUUAGCACGCGUGCACACACACCCACACGAGAGGGAUGUACAGGAAUCAAGCGACGCUGAGGUGGCGUCAGCGAAAAGUUCUUAUGAUACUAUGAAUGCACAUGCGAAUGCGGAUGUACACCUCAGUCGACAUGCAGUACCAUCAAAGCACUCGAAUGCGAUUGCACACAACCAGAAGGUUAAUAAGGUGGAGAUCAAGGGUGGGUGUCUGUCACACGUGCUCGCACACAAUCUGUUUGAAUUUGGGGAGGUGAACAUAGUGACGGGCGAUACAGACGGCGUCUUAUCUGUGCUGUCAGACAAUCGAUUGUUCAGACAGAAGUGCUUGCACGAUGGAAGCAGUGUAGUUGCUGUUUGUGUUGACACAGAUGUGUACACAGGCACAGAUAAACCUAGGUUUAAUUCCAUCGUAGCAGCGGAUAGUACGGGUACAAUUACGGGACUGGGGUCGAUAUUCGACACUUUGUGGAGAAUUAAGCUGUCGCAUCAUAUAACGUAUACGGAUAGAAUGAACAGCGGUAUUAGAGCUAUGACCAGUCUGAGCAUGCUGGAUGAGUAUGGUGUACGUACGCAUGUGCUUGUGGUUGCCGAUGGGGAAGAGAAUCUACACUGUAUCAGCGACGGCAAACUUGUCUGUUCUGUAAAAAUCAACGAACCUGUGGUUGCGAUGGAAACGGGUUGGUUUCUCAAUAUAGACGCAUCACGAGGAGAGUCCCACACACAACAGUUGCUUUUCGUGGAUGAGGCUGGCGAUGCCUUCGUCCUCCAUCGAUUCAAGGUGCAUGCAUAUGCCCGCCACGUUAACGCCGUAACGCACAUUCAGAGGAUUCCAUUGAUGGCUAUGGGCAGCGCCGUUGAUGGGGCUGUGAUGGUGGGGCGUUGGAAUACGAUUAAGGUAUUCCUGGACAAAGAGAUGGUACAAGACAUACCUACUUCCAAUUGGGUCAACGGGGUGUGCCUAGGAGAAUUCGCUGUAGAUUCAAUAAGCCCUCACCCAGCCGAUGACCCAGCGCUUCGAGGGCCAUCCGCUCGACCUUUACACGUGGUCACCAGCCAAUCAGAUGGUACCGUGAGCAUAUUCAGUGUUGAGCAGUACCCCUCCCCCUGUAUACCGCAGACGUGAGUGUGCUUUGCAUACGUCGCAACAAGCUGGUGACUAAGGCUGCGUGCACUAGACGGUGUUAUUCUCCCUACACGUUACGACACCCCACAGACGAACGAGACCGUACCACACAAUCACCGCAGUAUGGCACAAAACGCAAUGCGCCCGGGCCAACGUGAGUAUGGAAAUAUCGAGUACUUCUCAAGAGCUCUGUGGUUAAAACUUUGUGCUUGUGCGAUAGCCGCUGGACCAGCAAUGUGCAUGAUUUUUCAACAAGAGGCGUGUGUCACGUAGCACAUCUAUGCCGAGAAGAGUCCCCUCGAGGAUUCUAUACCUUAUUCGUCAUCCGAAGUACUCCAACGGACACAAAACACUGUAUUGUAUAUACGUGAAUGGUGGUGUAAUCCACACCCUAAUCCGUCCUAUACAAAAGAUUUAUCUGCCUUUAGCUCUAUCUGAUUGAUAAUGUGAUUCAUCUACCUUUAAUCCUAUCUGAUUGACGUACUGUGUCUGCUGGCAGCACAUCACGUGCGGCAUUGGUACAAUCCGACCUCGUAAUAUUGGUUACUAUAUUGCGCGUGUGAAUGUGUCUCAUUUUCGGCGAAUUCUGGCUCCACAUUGAUUAAACGUUGUUGUCGAGUACCUACCGUUUAUGUUGUGAUACCUUCACGAUAAAUAGGCAGCAGAGCGUUCUCGUUGAAUCGCUUUGUUUUUUAGAACGUUUAUUCUGAUGCGAUGCAGCGUAUUGUAGAGCGACUAUGGUAGUUUAAAAAGUUAUCCCCGAUCCAUAGAUCUCUGACUUUUUACGCAUCCGUACGUAUCUAUUAAAUCACCGUGCACUAUACACUGGACUAUUAGCGGCGAAGUCUCCUCGGUGUCUCUGGAGAACGCCAAGACUGUAGUGAUUAAAUUAACUUGACAUAUGCUGAAUGUACUGCAUCAGGAAUAUGAUCACAUUUGUAUUGGGGCGCACCGCAUUGGCAGGCAAGUAAUAAAUUUACACACGUGCGCGUUGC